AUUUGCCCAACUAAAACCUUGCAAUCUGCAGCCUUCAGUCCCAGAGGCAGUGAGUGCCUGCAAAGUCCCUUUCCCAGACACUCCAUGGCUGCACGGACUGUCCCCCACGCCUACCCCAUGAGUUCGGAGUACGAGUUUGCCAACCCUAGCAAGAUCUACGACCAGAACUUUGGAGAAGGUGUGUCCCCGUGUGAGAUUUUAGCCCCUGCCCUGUACCACGGCUACUACAUCAGGCCUCGGAUCAACAAGCAGCUGGAUCGAGGCACCUCCGAAAUCAACCUCAAUGAGCACAAAUUCGAGGUGUUCCUGGAUGUCUGUCACUUCCUGCCGGAUGAACUCACUGUCCGCACCGUAGACAACCUGCUAGAGGUGGUGGGGCAGCACCCACAGAAGGCUGAUCGCCACGGCUUCAUCUCCCGAGAGUUCACCAGGACCUACAUCCUCCCUCUGGAUGUUGACCCCCUGCUGGUGAGAGCCACCUUGUCCCACGAUGGCAUCUUGAGCAUUGUGGCUCCCCGGACGGGAAAGGAGGUGAAGGCCAGAGUCAACGAGGUGAAGAUAACCCAAGAGGAGCAGCCAGUGGGGAAAGAAGAACAGUCUGAGGAAGGAAAAGGAAAGGAAGAGUCCUAAGCACCCCAGAUCUGGGAGGGAACCAGGGGGAGGGACGAUGAUGAGGAAUGCACAGUGCCAGACCCCUGUUUCUCACCAUCAGUGAUUAGUAGGGCUGUGGAUCAGCCGUAUAUAUGCCAGACUUCUGCUUCUUAAAGCUGAUGGCUGGAAAAAGGGACUUGGAACUGAAAAAAAAGGGGGAACUGAAGUGUUAGAGGGACUGCCAUGCAGGUUUUCUCCUUGGUCAAGUGCUCACUGAGGGCCCUGCAGGGUCACUCUUACCCUAAACUGUGAGGCUGUGUUGCAGCGGGCUCUUAAACUGCUGCUGUGCACCAGCCUGGAAGGGCACUGGGGAGAGGGAAGAGAUGAUCCCAGUGCCUCGCUUCUGAGCUGGUGUCUGGUCUUUGUGGAGACGGAAGGUGCUUAUUGGUCUGUAAAAGCGCCUGCAGCUCUCGGGAGGAAAGAGGAAUAAAUCUGCCUCUGAUCUUGUUUGCCUUGGAUUCAUGUUGCUCCUGGC